CGCCCGGGGCUGCUCACGCUGCUCACGCCCCGGCCGUGGCCGGCGAGCGCCUGCGGUGGGCGGGCUGCGGAGGGCAGCGGAGCGCUUCGCUGCCACCGGUUGAAGCAAGUCACCGCUCCAGAUGUGUGACAUGUGCUGCUGCAUAGCUAUGGCUUAACUGAAGGCGUCUUGGUUUCGAUGUCCCCUUCUGAAUGUGGUAGGAUAUAGCUAGGGAAAUAUUUGAUCAUGCCUCACCUCCUGAGAUAGAGAAAAAUAGUUUAUCCGGUUGUGCUGGCAAGAAUUCUGCCCUUUGGUCUACGCAGAAGGAAUAUUCUAGAAAAGUGAAGUUGGAAGAUCUCUGAUAACAAGAAGUGUAAACAUGUUGUGCUGGGGCAAUGCAUCUUUUGGACAGCUUGGAUUGGGUGGAAUUGAUGAAGAGAUUGUUUUAGAACCCAGAAAAAGUGACUUUUUCCUAAAUAAAAGGGUCAGAGAUGUAGGAUGUGGACUGAGACACACUGUUUUUGUCCUGGAUGAUGGGACAGUUUAUACAUGUGGAUGCAACGAUCUGGGACAACUAGGGCAUGACAAAGGCAGGAAAAGACCCGAGCAUGUUGGUGCACUGGAUGCCCAAAAUAUUGUAGCUGUGUCAUGUGGAGAAGCCCACACUCUUGCAUUAAAUGACAAAGGUCAGGUAUAUGCUUGGGGUCUGGCUACUGAUGGACAGCUUGGCUUGCCAGGAACAGAGGAAUGCGUCAGAGUGCCCAGAAAUAUUAAAAGUUUAUCAGAGAUCCAGAUUGUCCAAGUUGCUUGUGGUUAUUAUCACUCACUAGCACUCUCAAAAGGAAGUGAAGUGUUUUCCUGGGGACAAAACAAAUAUGGCCAGCUGGGCCUAGGUUAUGAGUAUAAAAAACAAACCUCCCCACAGAUGAUUAAAUCUCUGCUGGGAAUCCCUUUUGCACAGAUUGCAGCAGGAGGAGCUCACAGCUUUGUGCUGACUCUUUCUGGAGCCAUCUUUGGAUGGGGACGCAACAAAUUUGGGCAGCUGGGUGUUAAUGAUGACACAGACAGGUAUGUUCCUACCCUGCUCAAGUCCCUGAGAAGUCAGAAGGUUGUUCAUAUAUGUUGUGGAGAGGAUCAUACUGCUGCCCUUACAAAGGAAGGUGGGGUUUUCACAUUUGGAGCUGGAGGCUAUGGCCAGCUGGGACAUAACUCUACCAGCCACGAGAUAAAUCCCAGGAAAGUUUUUGAGCUCAUGGGGAGCGUUGUCACACAAAUCACCUGUGGCAGGCAGCACACCACUGCAUUUGUCCCUUCUUCUGGAAGAAUUUACUCCUUUGGACUGGGAGGCAAUGGGCAGCUGGGCACAGGGACCACCAGUAACAGGAAAAGUCCCUUCACAGUGAGAGGAAACUGGAUUCCCUUUAGUACCCAGUGCCCAAUGAGCACAGACAGUGAGGAGUGCUACUGUGUAAAGAGAAUUUUCUCUGGUGGGGACCAAAGUUUUGCACACUACUUUUAUCCACAGAACAUGGUGCCACCAGAUGAUUUUAGGAAUCCUGACCUUUUGAAGCAGAUCUGGACUGUGAAUGAAAUGUUUAUUCAAAAAUUGCUGAGUUUCCCAUCUGGAAGACUUCCUGUAGAGAUAGCUAAUGAAAUUGAUGGAACGUUCUCCUCUGCUGGGUGCCUGAAUGGGAGCUUUUUGGCACUGAGCAAUGAUGAUCAUUACAAAACCAGUGCUAGAUUCUCAGGGGUUGACAUGAAUGCUGCUAGACUACUCUUCCACAAACUCAUACAGCCUGAGCACGCUCAGAUAUCACAACAGGUGGCAGCUAGUUUGGAGAAGAACCUUAUUCCCAAAUUGACCAGCUCCUUACCAGAUGUUGAAGCUUUGAGGCUGUAUCUCACUCUACCAGAGUGCCCACUGAUGAGUGAUGAAAACAAUUUCACAACGUUAGCUAUUCCUUUUGGAGCAGCUAUUCUGAACCUGGAAAAAGCUCCUCUGAAAGUUCUUGAAAAUUGGUGGUCUGUGCUUGAGCCUCCCUUGUUCCUCAAGAUAGUGGAACUCUACAAGGAUGUCGUGGUGCACCUUUUGAAGGUGUGCAAGAUGGGCAUUCCCCCUUCUGACAGGAGAAUACUCACCAAUUUCCUCCACACAGCCUUCAGAGUUCUGGAAAUCCUGCACAGGGUAAAUGAAAGAGGACAAGUUAUACAGUAUGACAGAUUUUACAUUCAUGAGAUACAAGAUUUGAUAGAUAUCAGAAAUGACUAUGCCAACUGGUUCCAGCAGCAGGUGUUGGGAAUGGAUGUCAACCAUGGAUUAACUGAGUUAACAGAGGUUCCUGUUAUAAUUUGCACAUACCCAUUUGUAUUUGAUGCCCAGGCAAAGACAACUCUCUUGCAAACCGAUGCAAUCAUACAGAUGCAGAUGGCUGUGGAUCAGGCCCACAGGCAGAAUCUGUCUUCUCUCUUCCUGCCAGUGUUUGAGUCUGUGAACCCCUGCCUGAUAGUGAUGGUGCGGAGGGACAACAUCGUGGGCGACGCCGUGGAGGUGCUCCGGAAAACAAAGAACGUGGACUACAAGAAGCCCCUCAAGGUCAUUUUUGUAGGGGAGGAAGCCGUCGAUGCUGGAGGCGUUCGCAAAGAGUUUUUCUUGCUCAUCAUGAGGGAGUUGCUAGAUCCCAAGUAUGGAAUGUUCAGGUACUACGAGGAGUCCAGGCUGAUCUGGUUCUCUGAUAAGACCUUUGAAGACAGUGACUUGUUUCAUUUGAUUGGUGUUGUCUGUGGGCUAGCAAUAUAUAAUUUUACUAUUGUAGACCUUCAUUUUCCUCUGGCUUUGUACAAAAAGCUAUUGAAUCAGAAACCAUCCCUGGAUGACUUAAAAGAAUUGAUGCCAGAUGUUGGCAGGGGAAUGCAACAGCUACUGGACUAUCCAGAGGAUGACAUAGAAGAAGCAUUUUGUCUUAAUUUUACUAUCACUGUGGAAAACUUUGGUACAACAGAAAUUAAGGAGCUUGUUCCUAAAGGUGCUGACAUUCCUGUAGUCAAACAAAAUAGGCAAGAUUUUGUAGAUGCAUAUGUGGAUUACAUCUUCAAUACAUCUGUGGCUUCCCUAUACAGUGCAUUCCAUGAAGGCUUCCACAAAGUGUGUGGAGGCAAAGUUCUUCAGCUCUUCCAGCCCAGUGAGCUGCAGGCAAUGGUGAUUGGGAACACAAAUUAUGACUGGAAGGAGUUGGAGAAGAACACAGAAUACAAAGGAGAAUACUGGGCAGACCAUCCUACAAUUAAAAUAUUCUGGGAGGUUUUUCACGAGUUGUCUUUGGAGAAGAAGAAGCAGUUCUUGUUGUUUCUGACAGGCAGCGAUCGGAUCCCCAUCCUCGGAAUGAAGUGUCUGAAACUGGUCAUCCAGCCAACAGGAGGGGGAGAAGAUUACCUGCCCGUAGCUCACACUUGCUUUAAUCUUCUUGAUCUUCCAAAAUACACUGAUAAAGAAACCCUGAAGUCUAAGUUGAUCCAGGCUAUAGACCACUAUGAAGGUUUCAGUUUAGUAUAACUUGAGCAAUGAAAGUUCCGUGUACCGUGGGAUCAUUGAGUUUUCGUGUCUUUCUUGUGGUGGUAAAUUCAGUGGAUUAAGUGAUGCAGUUGAUAAUAUAACUGAUUAUUUGCAAAAAAAUGUUCAGUGCUAUGGAUAUUCAUGAGAGCCAAAAAAAAUCAUUUCCAAAACUGAGGAGCUGUCUUAAUACAUAUACCUUCCUGUACAGAGCCAUGUGGAUUUUGCCAUCUUACAAUAAAAAUGAGAGUAUUGUGAAUGGGAGUCAAGUUUCACUAACAAGAAUUAACAUUUCACCUUAAGCAAACAAUUUGGCGUGUGAGUGCAUGAGAGACUUGCUUCAGUUUUUCAAAUCACUUAGUAAGAACAUUUAACUUCUUCCCUGAUAAAUUCACUUGGUACCUUUUCAUUUUGUAAAUAAUAAAUUUUUGUGAUAAAAUAGUUCUGUUCCAAUACCGGUAUGGUUUCUAUUGCUUGUAAUUGAAUAUGAGCUUAUUUUAUGGCUUUUAACAAAAAAAAAAAAAAAAAAAGUAAUUACUCUGAUUUCUGAAGAUAUCUAUUUUUCUGGUUUGUUUUAAGAACCUUAAUGAAAGUGAUUGUUCAAGAGACAUUCAUCCUCACAAUGUACAAUCCAUGAAGCAGUCACUUAGUGCCGAUACAAAACCGCAGCCAAUGGCAUUUUUAAUCUGUGGAUGGACAAGCUGACUUGAGACACCGCUUUCUUUUUAAGGACUGAUUCUGUAAUUAAGUGGACACAGUUAUAAAAGAGGUUAACUUAUGAUUUGAAACCUCUGCGGUCAUGUGUCAAGAAUACAGCUGAAAAGAAAAAGGUGCACCAGCCAAUUGUUGCUGUCAAGAGGUUAAAACGUUUAUUUUUAAAUGCUGAAAGCGUAGUUUAUGGUUUCUAAUAGAAUUUUCACUUUUUUCCAGAUAAAUGCAUUUGAAAUAACCUUUAACACCCCUCUCCCUUUUUUCUUAAGAUUUUAUUUUUAGUAUAAUUGCCCUGAGACGAUUGUGCUUAGCUGGACACUUUUGGAUUUGACUUUUCCUUCUCUGGUUAAAUUCCAGAUUUUGUGGUGUUAAUGCAUAUGUGACUUGCAGCUGUGAAACAAAUAUUUAUUUUUUUUAGAUUUUUAAAUGCAGUGAAAAAAUUCAAGCUAUAAUAAAAGACUUGAAUGAAAA